AUGGACACUAUUCAUCCGCACCGCAACCUUAACCCCAAAAACGUUGCCAGAUUUGUUCCAAGACGCCUGAAAAAGUGUUUGAGAGAUAACAUCAUGGGCGUCACCAAGCCCGCGAUUCGUCGUCUCGCCCGUCGCGGUGGUGUGGUCCGCAUGCAGAAGGAUAUCUACGAUACCAUUCGGUCUGUGAUACUCAUGCGUCUUCGCGAGAUUAUUCGAAAACUCGUCGUUUUGUUGGAAGGAUCGAAGUAUCCUAAUAAGGAGCAGCACCUUUUCUUGGAUUUUAUCCUUUCUCGGUAUGAUAUUGCUAACCGAUUAUACCCUCCGUUGUCCGUGAAAGGUGGCGUUUAUCCUGCAAGGAAUGGGGAAUCCCGUCUACGGUUUCGAAUAGGCCAGGAUUCUGCGUGGUACAGACGUCUAUCUAUUGAAGAACCGAGGCAGAGAAUAGAUUCCGUCUGGAAAACGCUUGCAUUGUGUUCGGACUUCGACGACUUCGGUGCUCUGUUAUGCUGA